AUUUCACCAGCAGCACAUCAGGAUGAACUUGAACUCUUGUAGAACAAGUUCGUGUAGGUUUUUUCCGGCGAAAAAUGACUAAAAUCCUAAGCAAAACUUUAUGAUAACGAGUGCGCACAGGUAGCAGGAGUUAGAUCUAGUAGAUGAAAAUGAGGACUCCUGUACCGCUACCCUGCUCAGUUGUUGCCGCUCCCGUACGUAGUGGUUUACGAAGACGGCAACAGCAAGCACUGCAGCAGGCAAUGAAAUUGGCGAUAGGAGUGCCUCUUGUUCUGCUAGGAUGUACUCCCAAUGUUGACCACGCAUUUUUCUUGUCCUUGUCCUCCCACCUGGUGGGAGGCCAAGUUCCCUUUGUCGAAGCUCUGAACGCCGAGCAGUACAACAUCCAGUCCGACCGGAAGAUUGGGGUGGUGCACGAGGAAAGAAAAAACAAUGAAGAAGAUGUCGAAGAAGAAAACGACAGCGGAAAUAAAUCUUCCACGCAAGUAGAACCUCCAGACGAGAAGGCCGCCGCUGCGACAGAUCAUGAUGAUUUCAAAACUGGAGUAGAAGACGACCUUGGCCGACCACAUCGCGAGCAAACCCAAACGGCACAGACACGACGAGAGGACCCAGCAUCUUUGUUACCCUCAAUACCCAACAAUGACCUGCUCCACAGCACCGACCCCAGCCUGGACCAGCUUUCCUCCUCUUUCAGCGCCAUGCUGAACGGGCAGAACAAGACAAAGAAGUUCAUGGAGCGACGGAAGAAUGACGAACCAGCGUGGAUGUUUCAAUACGUAUUGGACUUUGCCGGUUCAGUCACGGAGAACUUGAUCAGCGGCGGCGCAUUGUUUACAACUAGCGACACCGACGGCGCCGGGGAAACGACAAACUCGAUCACUGACAGCGACUUUCUUUUCUCGGACAGCAGUACGUCUGCAGCAGGGGACCAGCAAGAUGUUGUCAAAAAAACAACCGCAACGGCGUCGGCGACAUUUCUGGAGACACAAAAAAUAGCGCAGCAAGCGCUAGUGAUAAAUAGGAAGCAGCCAGCAGCACCGAGGAAACCAGCAGGAGGGGGAGCACCUCCUGCAGCACCAGCAGCCCCACAAUCGCCACCUGUCCAAGCAGGAGGUGCAGCAGCACCAGGCCCGGGGACCACCGUUUCAACGCAAAAUACCGUGGAAGAAACGACCACUAUCACCAGUGCGGAGGAGAACUGCUGUGGCGGUUGCUGCGUUACCGUCACGGCGAUCUGUGUCGUUUUGGUCGUCGGGGGUGUGUAUGAACUGCAAAAGUAUCGUACUCGUAUAAAUGCAUCACAAAUUUCCUCAGCAUGAGAAAUAAAAUUUGUAAUGCGGAUUUGCCUCAAGAAAGAGAUUUGUAAUGCAAGACUUGCAAUUAGUACGAGUACGAUACUUUUGCACAGGAUAGUGUCAUCGCGAGUAUGGUGUACAUGGGGUACUGCGGGUCCACUGGGGAUUAUCCAAGGAAAAAAGAGCGUUAGUGUAAAUUUGUGAUGCGCAGCAUGCAAAUUGAUUGCGCCUGUCAUGCUGUGCCUGCGCUGUCGGGUCCAUUCAGCGGCGUUUUCCGCUACUAUCUGCGCAUGACAGGUCUUUGCUGUCAUGCGAGAAAUAUUUGUCAUGCUAAUCCUCCAAGAAAGUUACGCCUACAAUCUUUUUUUCCUGCAUAGAGAUUACGACACCGCGGCAGCCGCAGGCGAGAUGGACUCCGCCCUCCUUGGAUCAGGCGGGGUCAUGGGCUCCACGACCGGUCCCGGGAUCGUGCCCAGCACGGACGGCUUCGAGGGUGAUCUGAUGUACGGGGGCAAAGGAGAUGUUUAUGAACAGGAAAUAAUCAAGUUUUUGUAUCAUGUUGUGUGUACAAAUGUCAUUGCAUUUUUCAUCUUGCAUGACAAGUUCAAGUCCCUGGUGCACCAUUUAUUUGUACAACACGUGCGGUACAAGAACCCGUAACGAUUGCAUACUGUCGAUAUGAAAGUUUGGCAGCGCGCACCCCGCAAACCUGGCCCCGGUGCAGAUUUGAUUCACACCUUUGCUGACGAGGAUGCCUUCGGACAAGGCAAGAAGCCAAAAAAGAAGGCCAAGGCAGGAGUAUGAUCUGCAAAAGUUGUAAUUGUAUCGCAAACUCCUGUAAAGUGAAUUGCUGACGUCCUGCUCCUGCAUGACAUCAGACUUCGUUCUUGCUUUACUACCUGCUGCAUGUUGACAAUUGUAGUUUUCUAACUGCGAUAAUUUACGCUUGUCAUGCUGGGACAAUACAACUUUGCCAUGCAUACGAAGUCAAGGGUCCAAAAUUUGUCACUGCGGCGAAAAACAUCCUGAAGGCUAAUCCGCAAGCGAAGGCUGCGAUCUUGGCGGAAAGCUUUGGCAUAUCACAGAAAAAAAGAAGUGUUGUAGUUGUUAACGUUAAUGUAAAUGUUUGAGGGCUAGUACUACAACUGGCACUUUCUGGUGCUGUCCUGCAUGACAGAUUUUCUGUAUCAUGCAUGCAAUGCAUAUGCAUCUAUGCGGCCCUUUCUCUCCUGUGUCUGAACGUCAACACGUUUUUUUCCCCGCGAUAUGACAAAGCCGCGAGCUCGAGCACUCAGCCAAUGAACCGAUCGGGGAGCAGUCGGUCGUGUAUCCACAUAACUAAACUUAGUUCCGUACACGACGUACAAGAAGCACAUCCGAUGCUGACACUGCAUUUUUUUACGAUAAAACUUUUCCGCAGCUGCAAGCACAUCGAUUCGACAUCUUCACAAGUUUCAUGCUUGUUCAGGUUCAUCUGCUUCUCCUUCGCAAAGUUUGUACCUGCGUUUGUACCUCCUCCUGUGCGGGAAAAUAAAUUUCUAUUGCAUAUGAAUGAAAAGCGCCAAAGCAUCACUAGCGAGUGCCGGCGGGGCGCCAGAAGUUGUUGAUCAACAAGUACAAGAGGUGCAGUUGAAAAGCAGGAGUGUAUCCUGUGCAAAAGUAUCGUACUCGUUGUAAUUGCAGUCAUGCUCCCGAGGUAAAUCCGCAUUACUUAAUGCUGACGCUGAGGAAAUUUGUAAUGCAAUUUAUAGUAGCACGAUACUUUUGCACUGUAUAGUGUAAGAAGUCCAGCAUUUUCAACCGCGGCUUUGAUGACCACCCUGAAAAAACCGGCGGACCACCGGAAGUGACCACCACCAUGAAGUCGCCCGGAGUAGAUUCCAACGACCUGCCCGUUGGCGUGACCGGCGACCUGACCGGUUUUCGCGAUCGCCCGUCUUUUCUGAAGCCCCAGUCCAACGACAGCACUACCAGUAACAGCCGAAAUAAAGUCCUCGAGAGUAACGCGAGCAAUGCCUCCAGUAACAUCAACAGUCGAACUAGUAGACAAUCGAACACAAGUUUUCAGGAGUAUGCAGCAGUGUACAAGGCGGGUCUGAAAAGCGCGAUCAUUUCGAAAAGCAAAUCCCCAGCGGCACAGCCGAAAUCGAACAGCACACCAAAAUCGAACAGCACUCCGAAAUCGGUGGACAGCGACGCCGGGGGAAGUAAAAAGGCGAAACCGAAGGGGAAGGCAAAGUUUGCGGCAGCGGCCAAGCGAGUCAUCAAGAACGCACCGGAGGAUAGCAUCAUGAGCUUCGCUGCAGUCGUAACAACCGCCAAAGCCGCCUCGAGAAACAACUCGCCCACGGCGCGCGACUAGUGCUCAACAAUGUCGAUGAAGAGCAAAAUCUAAUUAUUUCAGUUUCAAUGUUUUCAUUUCGCUUUUACAACCACAUUUUUUUGUUUUUGAUCAGAGUAUUGCAAUGUUCAUUUUGACAAUUGACAACCAUCAGUUUCAUCUUUUUCAUGUGUUUCGUAAAUUUGAUUUCCGAUCUUUGUGUACCAUUUUAAUGCGCAUGCGCGGAAGAAAAUGUGUCGUGUUCGCCGCAAGGCCUAUCUUUUGUUUCAAGAUUUCAUGAUAUUAUGACCGCACUGUCGUGUCUUGUAAAAGAGAUUUGUUCAGUAUCAGUUUCAGUAGUUGCGAAGGAAGUAGGUGGUCUUUUUCGUAGCUUGUUUCACGAUGAGCACGACGUUGUGCUGAUCUUCGUGCCCGAGCGAGAGCUACAUUUUACGAACAGUAACAAACCAUUGAAGUUGAACCACUGUACAAAAAUUUGAAAAUACUAUGGCCCGUCAGGUAUUGCGCAGAGGCUAAAGCGCGCUGCAAGGAAAG